AUGUCUUAUAACAUAAAGAAAUCAAUUCCUAGUCAAAGUAAAGUUAUUUCGACUGUUGACUCUUACUUUCAAUAUGCGAAAGAGAUAAUUAUCGAUAGGUCUUGGAUGCCAUUACUUCAAUUGG